UUUACUGUAGUUUGUUUAGCGAUCUUGGUUUUUUGCAUUUUUAUCUUAGAUUUAAAAUUUAAUACUCAUUCAACCAUGGAGGACAAAAUAAAAAUAAGUGCCAUGAAAGUGUGUAGAGUGUGCCUAAAUGAAUCUAGUAACAUGAUAUCACUGUUUGACAAAAUCAGUGGAGAGACGACUAUAUUAGAAAUGAUGAAUUUUGUCACAAAUAUCGACGUAAAAAUGGGUAUCCGCUGGCCAAGGCAGGUAUGUGGUGAUUGCAAAACUAAAAUACUCACAGCUAACGAUAUAAAAAAGCGGUGUAUUGAAUCUGAAACAAUAUUGGACCAAUUCUUAGAAGUCUGUGACCAAGUAAUGGGCGAAAUACAAGAAACUCAAGAAAGUCCGGUUAAAGUUGAGCUUUUCGGCCCUACAGAGCCUUUUAAGAAAGACCCUACAUAUUCUGACCUCCCAAUGUUAAUAGAACCAGUUUUCACUGCCAGCGAUGUAAAAAAUGACAAUAUAAAAGUUGAAUUAACUGAUUUUAAUAUGUCCAAUGAUAGCUAUGAUGAUCAUUUUGACUCAGAAGAGAAACAUGAAUUUAUCUCAGACUCCAAUCAUGAACCUCAAUCAAUGACAAACCAAUUAGAUAGUACAGAAGAUAAAACAAAUAAAUAUAACUGUUCAAAAUGCGACAUGAGUUUUCCCACAUUAAAACAACGUAGAAGUCACCAGAAAACGCAUAAAAAAGAUGGAGAAAAGCUUGGCAAUUACGAAUGCACAUACUGUUUCCGUAAGUUUUUGAGAAAGUCUUCGUUAUCAACACAUAUGAAUGUACACGAUGCGAAAGACAAGAUUAAAUUCACUUGUGUUACUUGCAAACGAGAGUUUAAACAUCAAGCAUUUUUAGACAACCACAUACGGUCCGUACAUCCAAAAAAAGGAGGAUUUACAUGUCAACACUGCGGAAUUAGUUUCGAAACACAAGAGCUGUUAAGCAACCAUGAAAAAACACAUAAAAUUACUAAAAAGCACGAGUGCAAGUUGUGUAAUAAGUCUUUCGUAAUGUUGUCAACUUUAAAUGAUCAUAUAAGGACGCAUACUGGUGAGAAACCAUUUUUGUGUUCGAUAUGCGGAAGGGGUUUCAGUCAGAAUACGAAUUUGGCUCAGCAUGUACGUAGACACCAAGGGCUGAAGCCGUUCAAAUGUGAUGAAUGUAAACGCAGCUUCGUGUCGAAAGGCGAAUUGGACGCUCACAAGCGAAAACACACAGGCGCCCAUCCCUUCGUUUGCGACGAAUGCGGCAACGGUUUCACCACGUCCAGCUCCCUAGUCAAACACCGUCGUAUACACACGGGUGAGAAACCCUACGCCUGUGACUUGUGCCCGAACAAAUUCACCGCUCUGAGCACACUGAAGAACCAUAGAAGGACGCAUACGGGUGAGAAACCUUACCAAUGUUCGCAUUGUGAGAAAGCUUUCGUGCAACGGAACGAUUUGAUUUCUCAUAUAAGAUGCCACACUGGAGAGAGGCCUUAUGUGUGCUCGCAGUGUGGACAGUCCUUUAGGAAGGCGGCCGGUUUGAAGACUCACGUUAAAAUGCAUAGUAAGGAUACGGUGCAAAGGGAGUUGUUGGUACAGGGUGUUAAUAUUUUGUUGAUGCCUGAGAAUAGCUAGAUUUAUACCUUGAAUUGAAAGUUUUUUUGAAAAUGGGACGGUAUGUGUGUAGCUUAAUCAAGUUUGCAUAUAGAUUCGUUUGACGGCCUCUGUGGCGCAGCGGUAGUGCGCUUGUCUGUGACACCCGGGGUUCUGUUUUCGAAUCCCGGGCAAGAAACGAACUUUCUCUGAUUGUCCUGGGUCUUGGAUGUUUAUCUAUAUAAGUAUUUAUUAUCAAAUAUAGUAUCGUUGAGUUAGUGUUUUGUAACACAAGUUUCAAAGUUACUUCGAGGCUAACUCAAUCUGUGUUAUUUGUCCCGUAUAUGUUUAUUUAUACAUCACAAGUCUAUUGUUGGGUAGACAGAGCCAAUAGUCUGAAGAAGACUAAAGGUCACAUUGAGCUGGAUGUCUAAGAUUCAUUCAUUCAUAUAAUCACGUCUAUAUCCUUUGCGGUGUAGACAGAGCCAGCAGUCUUGAAAGACUGACAGGCCGCGUUCUAAGAUAGUAGGUAGCUAAGAUAGUGACAAAUUUCUACAUCCCCAAAAAAGAUGCAACAGGGACAAAUAACAAGAGACUGAUAAUUAUUUUACUAAUUAAUUUAUUUAUGUCUUUACAUCAUAUUAAUUUUAUCGUUUUAUUAUAUUAAAAAAAAAUCGACUUCAUGAACUUUUUUUCAUAAUGA